AUGGAAUGUUGCUUGGCUCUGCAUGAAUGCAUUCCUAGUCUAGUCAUCCUAGAUCUGGUACUGCACUGUUUCUUCUGAUCUGCCCUGUUAAUCCUAACCCUACACCCGUACCCGCAAAACAAAGAUGAAAGUUCUUGGGAGCUUGUCUGCGCGGCUGUUGGUCCAUGUCGGAGUCAUUGUUAUGAGCGUCACCAUCAUCACCUGCUACAUCAUUGCAGUGAGCCUGGGCCACGUGAAACCAUGGCUACCAACCAUCAGUGCCUGCGGCGACCAUGCACCCGAGGAGUUCCUCUUCAGAUUUGGGAUUUUCUGUGGGGCUAUGUUGUUGGAGGUCGAGGCUUUUGCUCUGUACUUGUCUAAGAAGGCCUCGAGGACAACCUUUGCUCUCGGAGCUGUGGCUGCAUUCUCCCUGGGAGUGGUCGCAGUGGUGGGAGCUAACGAGAACAAUGUCCUGCACACAACUAAUGCAGUGAUCUUCUUUGUUUUUGAGGACAUAAUGUUAGUGCUCCUAACAGUGGAUCUCCUGGGAAAGAUGUCCUACUGCUCUCUUGGCAUUAAAGUUGUCAGCUGCACUAUUGCCUGUGCCUCAACCAUUAUGAGGAUUCUGCUGAUGCACAACUUGCUGACAGUUGGAGAUUUCCCUGCUCUGCCCAUAUUUGAGUGGUCCAACACAGCCGCCAUUAUUGUGUACCAGCUAUCCCUCUCCAACGAACUGGAAUCCCUCGCAUUGGGAAUCUUGGAGACAGACUCGAGCAAGUCGACCACGCCCAAAACUCCACCCCCUGUCAUAGCUGAUAAUGCUUCUCCUGUGUACGAGGUGACCGGACCAUCCAAGAAACCAAUUGCACUGGCCUACCUCAGCUCAGAAAAAGCCUAAGAACACUUAUACUGAACUAUACCUGUAUAUUUAUUCUUAUAGCGCUAUUGCAGGUAUUGUUUUUUUAUGUGUGUUUUGUGUACGUGUUCAAUUUGUUUGUGCUCAAACUUAAGUAGUCAUACUAAACAAAUUUUGUACAAACAAUGAUUGUAAGUAUAUAAAAAUUAUAUCAAAUGUUAAUGAUGUC